AUGUCCAAACAACGAGUCAACGACCAAUCAGAAAAACAUCUUCCUCUAUCUCUAAUGGCAACAGAAGCUGUAACCGACACUACCGUGGCAAACCAUGACGAGACAGAGCCAACAGAGUUCGAGAGGAAUAAGGAACGGUACCAAGACCUGAUCUCCACGUUGCCUCACGUUAAAGGCUGGAGGUCGAAAGCUCCCCUGAUUGGGUACGGUGGUCACUGGUGGUUACAAUUUUUCCUUGAAGGUACCCUUUACGCGCAAGAGUUCUUCCAAGCCCGACCCAUUGACAUCCUCGUCUGUAGUUACCCAAAGACAGGUACCACUUGGCUCAAAUCACUAGCAUUCGUAAUAGCCAACCGAUCUAGCUUUGAUGAUGAUUCCACGAACCCUCUCCUCUCGCGUAACGCUCACGAGCUUAUUCCUUUCAUCGAGAUCGAGUUCCCUUUGUUUCCUCACAUUGAUGUUAUCAAAGACAAAGGGAACACUCUGUUUUCAACUCAUAUGCCACACGAUUGUUUACCCGAUUCGGUUGUGAACUCGGGUUGUAAGAUGGUUUACAUCUGGAGAGACCCAAAGGACACUUUCAUCUCCCUUUGGAAUUUCAACCAAAAGCUAAGGUUAAUACGUGGCCCCCUCAAUAGUCUUGAGGAGUGUUUUGAUAUGUUCUGCCAAGGUCUUUCUGCGAACGGUCCUUAUCUUGAUCAUGUGUUAGGCUAUUGGAAAGCUCACCAAGAGAAUCCAGAUAAGAUUUUUUUCCUUAAGUACGAGUGUCUGAGUGCUGAUCCUUUGCCUUAUGUGAAGAGAUUGGCUGAGUUCAUGGGUUUUGGAUUCACAGCUGAGGAAGAGAAGAGUGGGGUUGUUGAGAAAGUUGUGAAUCUUUGCAGCUUCGAGACAAUGAAGAAUCUUGAAGUUAACAAAGGAGAUAAGGAGAGAGAAGAUCAUCCUUCUCCUUAUUCAAACAGCACGUAUUUCAGGAAUGGAAAGACUGGAGAUUGGGAAAAUUAUCUGACUCCAGAGAUGGCAGCUCGUAUGGAUGGAAUAAUGGAAGAGAAAUUCAAGGGUACUGGUUUGCUUGAAAAUUGUGAAUGAGCUACUUCUUGUUCAGGGCAAAUGACUGAUCCUUGUAUGCUUGUUUAAAGUAUAAGUUUGCUCUUUUCGUCACUUUGAUUCUCUAUGUACUACGUUACAUAUUGGAUGAAUAAAACUUGUUUCUGUUUCAUAUGAAUGUAUUGUCUAUAGGAAAAAUGAAUUGGCUUUUCAUGACAUGGUGCAUGAAUGUAUUGCUUUGCAUGAUAUGGUGCAGUCUUGAUCAAAAAA